UGUCCUUCCCUGCCCACAGCAGAGACAGUUCUGGGUGAAACAGCUUUACAGUUUCACUAUUUACUGUAUUCCCUGGUACUCACUGGUUCUCACCAUCAAACCUGAAAGAUCAUUCCCUGCUCGGAGUUGAAAAUUGUGCCUUACCCAGCAGUCACCAUCCCCUCACACCCUCUGUCCUACCCAGGCACAGCCACAACAUUUAAGCCACUGUCAAUGCUACAACCAUUGAAGAUGGCAGACAAACACCCAUCAGGGAAGAUCAAGAUGUAUUGAGCCUCUGCAGGCACCCAAGUGUCCCCACCUACUUCAGAAUUUGUAGCAUUCAGCCUGCAGCGUUGUCUGCAGAAAAUGUGGUAAAAGGACAAGAAUAAAUAAACACAUUUGGCUCGUGGGUGAGAUGGUUUUAUACCUGAAAUGUGCACCAUUAAGUACUUGACAGGGAAGAUUAUCACAGACAUCCACAAGGCAUAAUGGCAAUCCUUGCUCCUGGUGGCUGGUGGCUCUGGAAGAAAUGUAAUGGAUGAGGAAAUUAGUGUCACUUUUACUCAGAUUUCUCUCCUAAGACCUCUGAUGUGCAUUUUCAGGGGGGUUCUCCUUUUUCUCCUGACAUUUGCAAGGCUCAUUUAUCUGUUACCCAUCAGUACGGUAAUCCGCGCUUUCAUUUCCAGCCUUCUGCUGCUGCGUAUAUAAAAAAAAAAAACCAUCCAGAGGUGAAACACUCGUUGCUUUUCAGGAUUUUAUAUUCUGCUGGAUAAUCCUUAACUCAAAAACACGUAGCUCUGCGGAGAAGCCUGGCUCUGGGCCCAUCCCUUGUGCUUGCCAUGGGGCACACGGGGCGAGCCCCCGUCCCUCUGCGCUCUGAGUCCUCCGGCUCUCCCGGCCGUGCGAAAGAGUUUGGCAGAGUUGCUAUGACGACCCUGCCAAUACAGCCGGCAGCACCCAGCCAGCACGGAGCACAGCCAGGAACAAUAUGCCCAUUGUAAAAUACCCCAGGGCUACAGAGCCUCUCUGGCAUGAAUGGGACAGGAAAGCACAGAAAUGUGGAUUAAGACACACAGUCUAUGCUGUAAAUGGGGAUCAUUAUACUGGAGAAUGGCUCAACAACUUGAAACAUGGUAAAGGCACCCAGGUAUGGAAACACACCGGAGCUAUUUAUAGUGGUGACUGGAAGUUUGGGAAGCGUGAUGGUUAUGGCUCGUACAGCAUUCGUGACUCUGCAACCAAGGAAUACAAGAAGGUCUACACAGGCUGGUGGAAAAACGACCAAAAAUGUGGCUACGGGGCGACGUCCUACCCCAGCGGGGAGCGCUACGAGGGCGAGUGGAGCGGUGGGCUGCGGAGCGGCUGGGGACGGAUGUACUACCGGGACGGCUCCGUCUACGAGGGGCAGUGGCUGGAGGACCAGCCCGGCGGGCAGGGCAUGCUGCGGCUGCCAAAUGAAAAUCGUUACGAAGGAAGUUGGGAAGAUGGAAAGAAGCACGGCCCAGGGAGAUUCUUCUACUUGGAUAAGGGGCAGUUGUUUGAAGGUAUCUGGGCAGCAGAUUUACCAAAAUGUGGAAUUCUGAUUGACUUUGGCAGAGACGAAGCUCCUGCCCCUACUCAGUACCCAAUCCCAAAGAUUGAACUAGCUGAUCCAGAUGGUGUUUUAGCAGAGGCCCAGGCGAUGUUUGAUGACAGCCAAAAUUAAUAACCGGAUGCUGAAGGAAAAAAAAAAAAAAAAAAAAAAAAAAAAGAUGCAAGAUAAGAACAUGAUCCUGGGUUACUUAUUCGAGUCUCAAAUCCACACUGUGGCGUAUCGUAUUGUGGUCUGCCUCGCCUUCCCCUCAAGGCUGCUCACGUAGGCUUCACCCUGCGGGUGGCUUUGCUCAGAGGCCUCCUCCCACCCCCCAGUAUUUUGGGGAAAAAAAAAAACCAAACAAAAAAAACUAAAAAGCAAAAUGCUGGAAGAGAGGCAGUGACUCGCUGCCCUGCUCCCCUAACUUAUUCCUCUUGUAAAGAAAUCACAUGCCUGCUGGUCUGAAGGCCUUUCACACUGCCGCAGAGAAGCUGCAGGGUUUCUGUUACACACUGUAAAAGCAAAGCUCUGGAAAAGUACAAAUCAUCCUCCUCCCCCACCCCACUCCCCAAACCUACCUGUGCCCCUAGAUGCUUUUGACGUUGUAACAGAUCACCUUUCUCUAUUUUUAUUAAUACAACUCCACUGUGUACAUUUUCCAUAACGUGAUGCUGAUUCUCCUCCGUAUCCCCUGGGAGCGCAGAGGACGGGAUCCCCCCAGCUCUGCUCCCUGCCCAGCCCGUGCCCCCAAGGGCACUGCUU